AUGUCCCACCUCAGGUCAAAGGUUUUCCACCAAGAACCUCUGGUAUGUGCCCGCCCCACCUCCUACCUGAGCACCCCUCACCAAAACCAGGACCCGUCAGAGGCAAGUUGGAAGCGACUCGUCAAGACCACAUACGUUGAUCCGAACGGAGUAGAGCGAACAUGGGAAUCUGCCGAACGCAUGACAAGACCCGCCGACUCGCUGGUCGAUGGUGUCGGUAUUGUCGCUAUCCUGGAGAAACCGUCUGGACAGGAACUUCUCCUUCAGAAGCAAUACCGUCCACCGCUGAACCAGGUUGUUAUAGAGACCCCGGCUGGAAUGGUGGAUGCUGGUGAGACUGUUCAGCAGUGUGCGGUAAGAGAAUUGAGAGAGGAGACGGGGUAUGUUGGUGUUGCGACGAAGAAGAGCUUUAUCAUGUACAACGACCCCGGCUUUUGCAGUACCAAUUUCAAUAUGGUGCAUGUCAAGGUUGACAUGUCGCUGCAGGAGAAUCAAAAUCCCAAGCCUGACCUGGAAGAGAAUGAGUUUAUCGACUGCUUUACCCUACCGCUGGACUCUCUCUAUGAUGAGUUGCAGAAGCUCGAGGCCGAGGGGUACGCGAUUGACUCCCGGGUCGGCGCCAUUGCCGAAGGCAUUGAAAUUGCGAAGAGCAUGAAGUUCUAA